GUCGGAGGUGUGCUCUGGGUUUGCCUCGCCGUCGCUGCUGUCCGGUCCCUGCGUCCUCCGCGUUGGUCGGGGCCCAGCCGCUCUCCCGGCCCUCCUCCCCUUAAUCGCCCCCCCGGUUUCUGCCGUCGGGGCCCCGGGGCCGGGCUAAUGAUGCCGUCGGAGAGCGAAACGGAGAGCCGGGACCGGGCGGCUGCACAGGUGGGGACGGCUGCGGCCGCGGCGGUGGCUAAGGCCGCCCCGGCAGGCGGCGGCCCCGACCCGGAGGCCUCAUCAGCCUCCCUCGGACAGCACCUGAGCGGGUUGAGCUGGCCGCAGGUGAAGCGGCUGGAUGCGCUCCUGAGCGAGCCGAUUCCCAUUCACGGGCGCGGCAACUUCCCCACGCUGAGCGUGCAGCCCCGGCAGAUCGUGCAGGUCGUCCGCAGCAGCCUGGAGGAGCAGGGGCUGCAGGUGCACGGUGUGCGGCUGCACGGCUCGGCCGCCAGCCACGUGCUGGACCCCGAGAGCGGCCUGGGCUACAAGGACCUGGAUCUGGUGUUCCGCGUGGACCUGCGCAGCGAGGCGUCCUUCCAGCUGACCAAGGAGGUGGUGCUGGCCUGCCUGCUGGACUUCCUGCCGGCCGGCGUGAGCCGGGCCAAGAUCACGCCGCUGACUCUCAAGGAGGCUUACGUGCAGAAGCUGGUGAAAGUGUGCACUGACACGGACCGCUGGAGCCUCAUCUCGCUGUCCAACAAGAGCGGCAAGAACGUGGAGCUCAAGUUCGUGGACUCGGUCAGGCGCCAGUUCGAGUUCAGCGUCGACUCGUUCCAGAUCCUCCUGGACUCCCUGCUGCUCUUCGGCCAGUGCUCGCCCACGCCCAUGUCGGAGGCCUUCCACCCGUCGGUGACCGGUGAGAGCCUGUACGGGGACUUCGCCGAGGCCCUGGACCAUCUGCGGCACCGUGUCAUCGCCACGCGCAGCCCCGAAGAGAUCCGCGGGGGCGGCCUCCUCAAGUACUGCCACCUGCUGGUGCGGGGCUUCCGGCCGCGGCCCAGCACCGAUGUGGGCGCCCUGCAGCGCUACAUGUGUUCCCGCUUCUUCAUCGACUUCCCUGACCUGGUGGAGCAGCGGCGCACGCUGGAGCGCUACCUCGAGGCCCACUUCAGCGGGGCCGACGCGGCGCGCCGCUACGCCUGCCUGGUGACGCUGCACCGGGUGGUCAACGAGAGCACCGUGUGCCUCAUGAACCACGAGCGCCGCCAGACGCUGGACCUCAUCGCCGCGCUGGCGCUCCAGGCGCUGGCCGAGCAGGGCCCAGCGGCCGCUGCCGCCCUGGCCUGGCGCUGCCCCGUGAUCCCUGACGGGGUGGUGCCCGCCACCACCGUCAGUUACUACGUGACCCCCAUGCAGCCUCUGUUGGCCCGGGCCCACACCUCCUAUCCCACCUGGCUGCCCUGUAACUGACUCGGCCCCUGGCCGGUAAGGACUUGGCCACCCCGGAUGGAGUGGGGCCUCCAGGAGCGCAGGGAGGACCCGGCCAGAGACAGACAGCCAGGGCUAGGGGGCCCAGCACUGCUGCAGAGUCAGGCCUCAGACUGAACAAACCAGAUUUCUCCCCCCGAGGGAGGGCCCCAGAGGACUGAAGGCCAAGCUGGGGUUCUCGGUACAUGGACUUUUUGGUUAUUUGCGCCACCUUUUGGAGUAGCAUAAUUGUGGGGUGCCAGGGUAAUUCGUCUUGAGGGUCAACUGCCUUUAGGAGGAGACAAAGAAUGUUUGGGAUGGUAGCCUCAAGGCCCAUCAUCUCAGGCUGAUUUCUGUGACCUAGAAAGGGUCUUUCUGGCUAGGGCCAGCCCUCAGUGACACCAGCAGCCUCCAAGGGCCUGCAGCCCAUCAAUGGCUAAAAUAUUGUUAUGUUAUGAGAAUCACUCACUUUGAGUCGGGCUGAACCACUAACUAAGAGGAGGGAAACUGAGGCAGAUGCCUAGGUUUGGAGAGGGAUAGGUUUAGCUCAGCCCCCUAACACCCCUACCCCAAGCUGUCUAGGUGCGCCGUGGGCAGGAACCAAGCAGCCUGGGGUGGAAGACAAGCCAUGUCCCUGUCAGGGUGCUUCUCCCUUCCCCCACGUGGUGAGGAGCCCUCCUGCCUGGGAGCUUGUUCUCUAGAAGGUGCUGGGUCCAAUGUAGCCACAGUCAAGUGAUCCCACCCUCCUGGCUUGGUUACAGGGUCCUCACAAGGGAAAGGAGAGGUAUGCCCCACCUCCCUUCCCAUCCCUCUGGAUUUGUUACUAUUUUGCACUUUUAACACCUGCCAAUAAAGA